CAAAUAAGAUUUACCAUGUUUUUUCUCCCACUUUUUUUAUUUUCCCUCCUCUUGCUAAUUUAGCAAUUUAUCUCUCUUAUUGCAACACACAUGGCAUUAAAUAAUAAUUAAAAAAAACUCUCUCUUACCACAUAGAUUAGAAAAGGAUGAUUGAUAGGGUUGAGAACAACCUUAGUGCUUUUAUCUAAGAGCAUCCAUAAUAGGAGUUUAUUCACGAUUUUUUAGAAAAUGGGUGCCAACAUGGAGGAGAGAGGGGGUAAAAAUGAACUCCUACAGAACAAUAGUUAUUUCAGAAAAGUGGGACCCACGGUCAUUUACUCCAGCCUCGCACGCCGUGCGUGGCUGUCACACAUGCGCCCAGCGGUAAUUUUUUAUUUUUAUAUAAAAUCAUAUUUGUUUUAUUUUUUUCUCAGUACCGAGGUCUUUCACAUGAUGCAAGCUGGUGAUAAAUGCUUCGUACUCCGCAUCGUUGUUGGUUGGUGCGAACUAAAAUACUAAGGCAUAAUAGAUUUUGAAUCACUUCGGGAUGGUGACGACUUUGCCUCCGCCUGCUCCCUUCUUAUUGCUUGACCCGUCCGUGGCGGAUUUGCACCAUGAGUCGUCAGGGGCGGUGAGAAUAGGUUGGCCGGUCUCUCGGGUUAUGUACUCCACGACAAAAUUGGCUAGGGCUUAACCUUUGAUGGCUGGGCGAGGUGCAUACUCAAUCGCGAACUGGGUGAGCAUCAUGGCCCACUUAAUCAGUCGUCCGGAUGAUGUGGAUAUCCGGAGGAUAACGCCGAUAGGCUGAUAAGUGAGUACCUGGACUACUCUCCCUUGAAAGUAUGAUGUGAGCUUCCUCGCAGCGAUGUAUAAUGCAAAACUAAACUUCUCUAGCUGGGAGUACCGAACCUCGGGUCCUUGCAGAGCAUGGCUAACAUAAUACACAUGCCUCUGAAUACACAGCAAUAUGAAGUCUUGAUAAAGAGCUCUCGCCCGGAGCGAGGAAUGUAGCACGUUGGUCGCGGUGCAAUCAUUUAAUGGUUCAAUUUCUCCCAUGGCACUCUUCCACCGAUCAAUGAAAACUGGUAGUGGUUCACCCUCCUCGUUGCUUAGCCUUUUCGAGGUAAGUAAAGUGCUUCUUUACUACCUUUGACAUCGCAAAUCGGCAUAUAAAUUUUCGCGCGAGGUCGGCGAAGCUAGAUGUCAAGCCCGACUCCAAUGUCUUGAACCAAUCAGCGGCCCUUCCUGUCAACGUGGAAUAGAAUGCUCUGCACAUUACAACAUCAGAUACCCCCAUCAUCAACAUGUUGUCGUAAUAAGAGUUGAUAUGUUCCUCGGGGUCGGUUUUGCAAUUGUAAUCCUUGUUCCCUAGAACACGCAAAUCGAUGGGGUAUUGCUGCUCCAUGAUUUCGGGCAUGAAAGGGGUACGAAGCAGAGUUGUCUCCAAUUCAGCAGGUCGGGAGUCCGCUUGUUCUUUUCUUCUUUUGGGAGGUAAAGUAGAAGAAAGCGAGGCGCGUUGAUAUCAUCGCUUGUGGGACGGGAGGGUGAUGAGCAGUGAGAAGCGGGCUGGCGGCGGUGGCGUCACCGGAGAGAAGCGGGCAGCUUUUUUUCCGUUUAUUUCUCGUAUGUGCCAUCAUAGCUCUGCGUGCGCCGAUUGCGGAACACCCUAACCUCCGCCGCAUGCCGCCGUCCUGUGCCCAAAGUAAGCAAUCGUCGUCAACCGGCUUCCUUAACUUGUCGGAGGCAGGGAUUGCGAAGAGAGCCAUGUCGGAAGCUCGAGUAUACGCCGAUGUCAACGUGCUUCGUCCUCGGGAGUACUGGGACUACGACUCCUUCACUGUUCAGUGGGGUAAUCAGGAUGACUACAAAAUCAUUCGAAAAGUUGGAAGAGGAAAGUACAGUGAAGUUUAUGAGGGAAUAAGUGUUAGUAGCAACGAGAAGUGCAUAAUUAAGAUUCUGAAGCCGGUUAAGAAGAAAAAGAUAAAGAGAGAGAUCAAAAUAUUGCAAAACCUCUAUGGUGGACCAAAUAUUGUCAAACUUCUCAACACCGUCAGGGAUCAGCACUCAAAAGCUCCAAGCUUGAUAUUUGAGUAUGUGAACAGUAUGGAUUUCAAGGUUUUAUACUCCAAAUUAACAGAUUAUGACAUAAGUUACUACAUAUAUGAGCUUCUCGAGGCUUUAGACUAUUGUCAUUCGCGGGGAAUAAUGCAUAGAGAUGUCAAGCCUCAUAAUGUUAUGAUAGACCAUGAGUUGCGAAAGCUUCGUUUGAUUGAUUGGGGGCUUGCUGAAUUUUACCACCCAGGAAAGAAAUAUAAUGUACGUGUGGCUUCAAGGUACUUUAAGGGUCCCGAACUUCUGGUUGACUUGCAAGACUAUGACUAUUCUUUGGAUAUGUGGAGCCUUGGCUGCAUGUUUGCCGGAAUGAUCUUCCGCAAGGAACCUUUCUUUAAAGGACGGGAUAACCAAGACCAGCUUGUCAAAAUUGCCAAGGUUCUUGGGACAGACGAGUUGAAUGCAUAUUUGCAGAAAUAUCAUUUAGAGCUUGAUCCUCAGCUUGUGGCUAUGGUUGGGAGGCACAGCAGAAUGCCCUGGUCCAAAUUUAUAAAUGCAGAUAAUCAACACCUAGUAUCGCCUGAGGCCAUUGAUUUUCUCGACAAACUUCUUCGAUAUGAUCAUCAGGAUAGGCUCACAGCAAGAGAAGCAAUGGAUCACCCAUAUUUCUUGCUAGUGAGGGCUGCUGAAAAUGGCAGAAAGCAGCCAUAUUCAUGGUCUGAACUCUGAAGGAGAGAGCCAUACUGAUAAUUUUCGCACAACGGGGUGCAAAUUUGAGUUGUGUAUAUAUGUCCUGAAAGAUGACAAGUAUUGAUAGGUGUUGGGCAGAACGGAGCUACAAGAGCAUAGUGAAGUUUUGUACAUCUCCCAUGAUGUAGGCACAUUGCCAAAACACAUAGAUCUUGUGUUUUUUUGCCAUUGAUAUCAAUUCCCAAAGAUGUACAGUGACCUAGACUAUUAUGAUACCAUAUCAAAACAGUUUUGUUUUAUUUUAAAAAUGGGAGUUCUGUCA